CCGUUCGUGACCCGGCGGUGUUCCCGCAGCACUUCCGGGGCGCGGGGGGUUCCGCCGUGCCUCCCGCUACCCCUGCCCGGUUAUGCGAGCGCCGGCGCCGCCUCUUUGCGGAGCAGCUUCCUGAUGUCCUGCCAUGGAUGAUGACAGUCAGGAUGAACUCAUCAACAAGAAUGCUGCACUAGGCAAGGGCAAAAGGCAGAGUCUUGCACUCCUCAGUGAAACAGAAAGCAAUGGUGGAAAUAGCUGUGAGUCAGAAGAUGAUACUGGAAGUGAGGAGGAAGAAGGUGACACUGAGGAAGAAGGAGGUGAGGAGGACAAGGAAGAAAGUGAAGAUGAAGAAUUAGAAGAUUGCGAAGACGAUGAGGAAGAGGAGGAUGAAACUGAGGCCUCUGGUGGGGGUCUGAGUGAUCCUCUGAAAUUAGAGGCAGGUGUAAAUGGAGUGAGCAUCUCCUCUGAUGAGGAUGGUGAGAACUGCCCCAUUUGCCUCAACACCUUCAGGGAUCAGGCUGUUGGCACUCCCGAGAGCUGCUCCCAUUACUUCUGCUUGGAUUGCAUCGUGGAGUGGUCUAAGAAUGCCAACUCCUGCCCAGUGGAUCGAAUCCUCUUCAAGAACAUUAACAUCCGGGCACAUUUUGGGGGCAAAGUCUUAAAAAAGAUCCCUGUUGAGAACACGAAGACUCAGGGUACUGAUGGAGAGGAUGAUCCUACCUUCUGUGAGGUGUGUGGCAGAAGUGACCGAGAGGAUCGCCUGCUGCUGUGCGAUGGCUGUGACGCAGGCUACCACAUGGAAUGCCUUAACCCACCCCUGAGUGAAGUCCCUGUAGAUGAGUGGUUUUGUCCAGCCUGUGCCCCCAUGGGUGGCAGUGCCGCUGCAGAUGCGGACCAGGUGAGCGAGGAGGAGGUUGCUGCCCUCGUGGCCGAUGUGGUUCCCAGCAGCAGCAGGCUGCGGCCGCAGGCGCGCACCAGAGCCAUCGCCAGGACGCGGCAGAGCGAGCGGGUCCGCGCCAACGUCAACCGCAACCGCAUCAGCACCGCGCGCCAGAUCCAGCAUGUGCCGAGGUACCUGAUGUCCUCUCUGCUGGAUGAAACCAUCGAGGCUGUUGUAGCAGGCCUCAACACUGCUGUCUACCAGAGGCCUCUCACCCCACGGGCUCCUGCCAGGCAGAAGAGGAAAACAGGUAGGAGGAAGAAAGCAGGGAAGAAAAGAACUCAGAGCAAAUCUGCUGGGAAGAAGAGUUCAGGGACACAACAGAGGAGACGCAAGCGUGUGGUAAAGAAGAGGAGGGGGAAGAAGAUGAGAGUGAGAUCACUUGAGGUGCCGACUCGCUCCCGCAUCGCCCGGGCGCUGGGGCUGCGCAAGGCUGCCCGCGGGGGCUCGCUGCCUGCCAUCGCCAGAGCCACCGAGCCCUCGCUGGGCGUGAUGAGAGCAGACAUUGGCACAGCUUCCCUCUCCAUCUUUGGGGACCCCUAUGAGCUGGAUCCUUACGAAAGUAACGAAGAGGUUCCAGCAAGUGCAGACUCUCCAGUGAGUGCCAAAAGGAGAGUUCUCUCCCAGUCGGCACUCAGGUCUCACCGACCUGUGGCCAGACCUGUCUCUGUGGGACUCCCCAGAAGCAGUGUCCCUGCCUUGAGCCCUGAGCAAGAAGCAGAAGCUGCCUCUGUGCCUGACCUACUGGGAAGCAUCCUGUCUGGACAGAGCAUCCUCAUGAUGAGCAGCUCAGAUGUGGUCAUCAACAGAGACGGUUCGCUGACGGCCAAGAAGACAGCUCCACUGCACAGAAAAUCAACCAACGCCUCCAGAGCGGACGAUGGCUCAGGACACAACACCCAACCCGGUACAGUGUACCCAGGGACCACAGCAAACAGCUCCACUGCUGGACCUUCAGCUUCCUCAGGGCUGAGUGCCCACACCAGACCCUCCUCCUCUUCUUCCUCCUCUUCCUCCAGCUUGUUUUCAUCGCCUUCAGCCUUGCUGAGUAGGAUUGAGCCUGCGGCGAACCCUGCACAGACCACAACAGAAAAAGCGAGCGUGAAAGCGGAGUAUUCGAUGACACCCAGGGCUGUCCAGGCUCAGAACAUAGCUCCUCUGAGCAGGCACAGCUCUGGGGCAGAUGAGAUGCCCACAUUUAAUGGGAACUCUAAAAGCUUGGCACCUGCUAACUCUUCUUCAAAGCCCCUGAGCUGCAGCCUGAAUGCUGGCUCCAAAGCUGUGAGCGUGAGGCAGCCGCUGAAACCCCCUCCCAAGAGAAUUGACGUCUUUGAGCUUCCCAGGAUACCAAAGAUUAAAAAGGAAAGCAGCAGCAAGCAGGUAGAGCCAGAAGCUGCAGGAAGCCAAAGCUGUGACAUCCCCAGCUCCUGUGUCACCCAGCUGACGGGCAAGGAGGGUACCCAUCAGGCAGGGAAGGGGGGCAAUGUGGAGAGUCAGAAGUCAAACACCAGCGAGUCUCAGCAGCCGGCCCACACGAGCAGGGUGUCCUUCUCUAGCAGCUCAGGGGUGUAUGGCAGUUCCUCGCUGCUGGCCUCCUCCUCCUCCUCCUCCAGGAGCAAAGGCCCAGGCUCUUUUGAGAGUUUUAAAAUCAACAUCCCAGGCAAUGCAGGGCAUCCCAGCAGGCUGCCUAACCCAGGCUUCUGCAACACUUUCCGCCCCGUGGAUGACAAAGAGCAACAGAAAGAGGCUCCCUCCACGCUCUUCUCCAUGAAGAAAAAGCAGGUCAAAAGUGAAAUCUAUGACCCCUUUGAGCCCACAGGGUCGGAUUCCAGCUCAGCAAGCAGCAGCCCUGAGAGGCUUGGCUCGGGGAUCCCCCUGACCAACAUCACCAGGACCAUUUCCAUUGAGCACCCCAAAGUUCAGACCUUCCACACUGUCCGGCGCUUCACCCCUUACAAGGUGGAGAACAUCUUUGGGUCCGAGGCUGACUCUGAUGCACCUUCUGCUACCCCCCAGGCUCAGGAGGCUGCCAAGGUCAAAAGCAGGCUGGUGGAGCAGGUCUCUGAUACAGAGGAAAGAGACAGCAGGGCUGAGGAAGACUCUCUGAGCAGUCCUUGCACUUCGGCUGCCGUUAAGCACGUUUGUGAUGCAGAGGGUUCAAAGGAGGAGAGCAGAGAGGGCCCUGAUGUGUUCUUUAACGCCGAGGAAUUGAUUAGGCCUAACACAAAUGUGAAACUAGAACCAGAGAGUCCCUCCAGGAGUGAUGGGCAGCAGAAAGGCCAAACAGCAGAGCAGACGGAGAAGCGCUCACGGUCCAGAUCCCGCUCCAGCUCCCGAAGCAAGAAGAAGAUGAAAAGGAAAAAGGCACCUGUCAAAGAGCACAGGAGGUCCCCGUCAGAACCUAGGGAGAGAACACACUCAAGGGACCGAAGCUCCAGGUCCACCUCUUGCUCGGGUGGAGAAGAGCACAGCAAAACACAGGCGGGGAAAGCGAAGAGCAGGAGGUCUUCUACCGACCGCUCCAGCAGCCACGAGCGAGCCAAGAAAAAGAAAGUGAAGGAUAAAAGCAAGGAGAAGAAGGCAAAAUCUUCUUGGUCUAGGGAGAGAAGGAAAUCGAGGUCGAGGUCAGGAAGCCCUGGCAGCACUUCUGAGUUUCAUGAAAGCAGGAAGAAGAAGAGGCGGUCCCGGUCGAGGUCCAGGCGGAGGGGACGGUCCCGCUCCACCAGCACCGAGAGGGCCAAGCGCCGGAAGCACCGCAGGGACAAAAGCCACGAGAGGCACGACAAAGAUGGCAGCCUGAGGGCCAGGGGCAGGAAGAGAUCCAGGUCCAGGUCUCGGGAGAGGAGGAAGUGGAGGUCUCGGUCUCGUUCUGCCUCUCGGUCUCGGGAGCACAAGAGCAGCAAGUCGAAGGACAAGAGGCCGCGCUCCAGGUCGCGCUCCAGAGAGAGGAAGCGCAGGUCCAAGGAGAGCUCCCUUCCUCCUCCACAGCCUCCAGCUGACAGCCUGCCCAGCUCUCUGGAGCCACCCCAUUCCAUCAAGCAAGAGCCAAAGGAGGAGUUAGUACUGGAAGAGCUUUCCAUAACCAUCCAACCAAAUAUCAAACUGGAGGAAAUGAAGGCUGAGCCCCCGGGUCCAGUGAGAGAGGUCCAAGAGACUGUGAAGGCAGAGCCCAUCUGUCAGGAAGUGAGCUGUGAAACUGCAUUCCCUGCCCCAGACAUCACAAACAUCUCUGCUCCGCUGGGCAAGGUGGAUCCUUUUGAUGAGGCAGAGCUGAUGAGCAGCAGAGAUCCAGCAGUGCUUGCUGGCAACACGAACCUGGAGAUCACGGUGAAGAUCGAGAACACGGCGCUGUGCCCAUCCCUGGGCGACCAGCCCCCCAAGAAAGAGGUCAUCCUGCACCUUCCAGCUGAGGCUGCAGCCCCUCAAAGCUCAGCCAAAAGCAAGCUACCAGAUUGUGUGAGGGAGGUCAGAGAGGAGUGCCUUGUGUCAAACGAGAAGACUCAUCACUUUGGGAAGCCUGAAGUGGAGGGGGCAGCUCAGGGUCCUGCCUUGAAAUCCAAAGCAGCAGUGAAGAGAGUGACCUGGAAUCUGCAGGAGGAAGAAAGCAGCACCUUGACUGCUGGAAAAGCUCCAAGGAUGCCAUUUUACAAACUCCAGCGGGCAAAAGAAGUCGCCUGGAAACCAGAGGACUUGAACCAAACCUUAAAUCAGGUGCAGUUAAAUGAGCCUCCUCCAACCAAUUAUAUGAUUCCUGAGCCUAUGUUUCCUGAUCUAGAUUCCUCUCAGGUGUACUGCCAGCCGCUGCCCGCGGCGCCCGCGCUGCCCGCCAGCCUGCCGCCCUACGCGCCCGUCAGCCAGCCCACCGUGCACUUCAUCAUGCAGGGCAGCCUGCCCGCGCCCGCCGCCGCCCGCAGCCUCACCCCCGAGCCCGCCAGCCUGGCCACCGCCUCCGAGCCCGGCAUGCAGGCUGCCGCCGUGGGCAGCGCCGAGGAGAAGAGCUCAGCGCCCAGAGCUGCGCCGGAUAGAACCAAGAACGAGGAGUACAUGAAGAAGCUCCACAUGCAGGAGAGGGCUGUGGAAGAGGUGAAGCUUGCCAUCAAACCUUUCUAUCAGAAGAGGGAGAUCACCAAGGAGGAGUACAAGAGCAUCCUGAGGAAAGCUGUGCAGAAGAUCUGCCACAGCAAAAGCGGCGAGAUCAACCCCAUGAAAGUAGCCAACCUGGUGAAAGCCUACGUGGAGAAAUACAAACACAUGAGGAAACACAAGAAAACUGAUGGAGAAGACACCAGGGAAGGAGAAAACUGAGAGCAAAAACCACAACCCAAGACUGCUCGGACUGGCACUGGUCCUGCCCCUGCCGAGAAGGCUGCGCCGGCGGCUGGGAGGAGACAGUUUGGCUGCGCCUGGCUGCAGUGCAGAGGAGCUUCAAAGAGGACUGAACUGCAGAGCCUCCUGUUGAAGGGAUGGGCUUGAGUUUGUUGGAUGUCUUUUCUGUUUUGGAUGUCUCUUCUUUUUGGGUUGUCUUUUCUUUUUGGGUUGGUUUUCCUCCCCCCUCUCUUCCCCUCCUUCUUUUGGAUGCCCUACAGAUGUAGCCCUUAAAGAACAACCUUAACGCCUCAGGCCAGCAGAGGGGACAGGCAGAGCCCCCUUUUUAUUGGUGGGGGGUGAGGGGAGGAAGGCUCUUUUCAGGGUUCCUUUGAUCACUUCUCCUUUUUGGCUGGGGAGGGAUGGGGGGAGGAGGAGGUGUUGGUGAGGGGAGGGCUGUGCACUUGUCUUGCUAGAAGUUUGAAACUGGAUCCCACCCUGACACACACAAACACACUUUUUACCCCCGACCCCCUCCAGUCUGUCCACUGUUGCCUGGUGUUUAUUUAUGGGGGGGGGAGGGAGGGGGGGGAGGAUGCAGCUUGUCUUUGGAACCUUCUGAUUUUCAUACUUGAACCCCUGUCUUUUUAAGCCCCACCCCGUGGGGGAGGGUUGAGCGAAGCUUGCCUGGCCCCUGGGGCCUGGCAGAAAUGAGCUCACCUUUAUAAACUGACUUCAGAAUCA